GGCGAGCGGCGCUGAGGGGCGAUGUCGGCUCGGGGCGGAUUCGGCGACCCUCAGCUUCUAACCCGGCGCAUCCCCACGAAUCCCAAGUAUCAACAUAUAAAAACUCGUCUGGAUACUGGAAAUAGUUUGUCAAAAUACAUGGAAAAAUUGGAAGAGAUCAAAAGAAAUUACAGGUAUAAAAAGGAUGAGCUGUUCAAAAGGCUGAAGGUGACAACUUUUGCUCAGUUGGUGCUCCAGGUGGCCUCUCUGUCCAAUGAAACCUUGGAGGUGACAAAGGAGGAGCUGCACGAGCUGCCAGACUCUGCAGGUGACGACACAGAGGGGACAAAAAACGACAAAGGGAGCCCUGAGGGCACGGCCAGCCCCGUCCUGUUCCUCAACAACUCCGGAGCUGGAGAAUCCCAUCGCUCCACGCUGCAGAGCGUGAUCAGCGGGGUGGGGGAGCUGGACCUGGAGAAGGAUUCUCCAAAGGAAGAGGAGAGCCAGGCCAGGGAGACGCCGUACCCCGACUGUCCCUUCCUGCUGCUGGACGUGCGGGACCGCGACGCCUACGAGCAGUGUCACAUCGUGGGAGCUUAUUCCUACCCCAUCGCAACGUUGUCCAGAACCAUGAAUCCCUACACAAAUAAUAUUCUGGAAUACAAAAACGCCCACGGGAAAAUCAUCAUCGUCUACGACAACGACGAGCGCUUGGCGAGCCAGGCGGCCACCACCAUGUGUGAGAGGGGCUUCGAGAACCUCUUCAUGUUAUCUGGGGGCCUCAAGGUCCUUGCCCAGAAGAUCCCGGAGGGGUUGAUCACCGGCACGCUCCCGGCCUCCUGCCAGGUGACGGCUCCGGCGGGAACUGCCCGCAGGAGAACCGUUCCCAGGGCGCCGCCGGCGCGCGCCGAGAACAGGUGGAGGUUUUCUGCAGAUGAUCUGCAAAAACUGAGGCGUUACCUGGCCGAGGAGCAGCUCCCUUCAGACGCUGCCAGUCGCCUCACCCGCGGCGUUUCGAGCCACGAUUCCAAACUCUCAUCGGCGAGGAGCAACCCCAGCCUCCCCAGCUCUGCUGGCACCGUGGGAUCCCUGAGCAGCCGCUCCCACAGGACCAGCAUCCAGAACAGGCCCUGGAAAUAAACCAGAAUCCAGGUUUUGGGAAUGCUGAGCCCGUUUGUGGUUUGAGGGAUUGGCAGGGGAAAAGCAGCCGUGGUGAGAAUUGGCAGCUCGGGUAAGGAUGGAAUGACGAUUCCUAGGAGCAGGAAUGGCAUCACCUGAGGGGCAGGGCAGGACAGAGGUGAUAGAACUGGCUUUGUAGGGGAAGGAGCUAACUGGGACCAGUAGAAACUGUUCCACAAAGUUUUUAGUCCAGCUGAAGGAAUUUUUGUUCGUAACAUUCCUGGAGCCGUGAGGGUGAACAGGCCAAAAACCAUCUGUGAGCACAAACUUUGGUGUUUUUAGCAGAGAUAAAGAGAUUCAGCAACUUGCCAAAAGUGAGAGAAAAUCCUGAAGGAGUUUUUGGUUGGGUUUUUUUUUUAAAUAAAUUAUGCUAAUGAACAGAAAUAUCAGUAAUAAAGAUGUUUUUUAUUGCCCAGUUGGUGCUGUGACAGUCGAUGCUAUGUGAAUAGUUGUGUCUAUUUCAAAGUGAGCUGCAGGAGAAUAACUGGAAUUUUUAUUUUUUCCCAGUGACUCCUUUACCAGAGUUUUUUUAGGAGUUUCUUUAAGGUUUAGGGUGGCUGAAGGGAAAUUUGCUGCUGCUGCUGCCUCACCAGGGUCCCUAAAACCCAGCUGGGACCUGGAAUCUGGAACUGAAUGGGGUGAAGGUUUCCUGGAAAACUUUUCCUCAGAUUGGUGCUCCUGGAUAAGCUGGGAAUGCUCUGAUUUUCCUCAGCUGCCCAUGGGACACUUUGGAGAUGAUUUUGGAGGGAUUCUACUCCGAUUUUUCCAUCUGGCAUCGCUGAGCCUGGUCCUGCUUCGGUUAUCGUGGUCCUGUGGGGUUUGUGUGUAUUUCUGGAAUCGGUGUUUUUACCCCUUUUUUGAAGCAGACAAUUUUCAACACAUCCUAAAACCUCACUGGUGAUUUUGGGAUAGUUCUGAUGAAAGGACAAAAAGUAGGAGAAAUGGCACAAAAUUUCCAGUUUGGCAACUUAAGACUCAACAUCCCUGAGCACAUUUAUCUUUUAUUGGCUCUCUGAGUCUAAAAUGAGACAAUGCUGAUUGCAGGUUCAGUCUGAUGAGGUCCUGCUGCUGUGGGAGUAGAUUUUUCCAGCUCCAUGAGCUCUUGGAAAUGUCAUGGCAUUGGCUAAAAUCCCGAUUUUGCUAUCCAGCUGUGGGAGACAGAUCCAGAAUCCCUGGCUGCUCUGUGCUUGCAUGAAAACCUCCUGGUGAAAGUUGGACAAAACUGGCCUGAAUUGUUUUGGGAUCCUCCAAAUCCACGGAAUCAGAGCAAGGACUGGAUGUACUUCCCCACCACCUCCAGGGAUUUGUGUGGAUUUGGACUCCUGGUAUUGUUUGGAGCAGAGGCUGAGAGGUUUAAGUGUUUAAUUUAAUAAAAUGUAAAUUGCAGCA